AUGGCGGUCACCGAUGUCCGCGACGAGGGGGGCCCGACGCCCCUCUGCCACAUCGUGACUCCGGUCGGCAUGCUGGGCUGCGGCUUCGACGAGACGCAGACAGCAGACGCUCUGGCGUCGUUCGUCGCCACCGACAUCCCGGCGGCCAUCAUCCUCGACUCGGGCUCCACCGACAGCGGGCCGUCGAAGCUGGCUCUGGGGGUCAUGUCCUGCCCGCGGUCGGCGUACGUGCAAGACCUCGCGAAGCUGCUGUCCCUGGUCCACACCUUCCACGUGCCGCUCAUCUUCUCCUCGGCGGGCGGGUCCGGCAGCGACUCGCACGUGCGCGAGAUGCUCGCCGUCAUCAAGGAAAUCACCGAGCAAAAGGGAAACGAACACUACCGCUUCAAAACCAUCGCCCUCUUCUCCGAAAUCCCCCGCGCCCUCGUCCACUCCCGCCUCGCCGCCAACGCCAUCACCGGCUGCGGGCCCUGCGUCCCCCCACUCACACCCUCCGACAUCGACGCCACCCCCACCAUCGUCGCCCAAAUGGGCCCCGAACCCUUCCUCGACGCCAUGGCCGCCCACCCCGACUUCGACAUCAUCGUCGCCGGCCGCGCCCACGACCCCGCCCCCCACAUCGCCUGGGCCUCCUUCAUCCACGCCUCGCACCAGCAGGGCGCGGGAGGAGCCAACGCCAACGCCAACGCCAACGCCAACCCCAAGCACCCAUCCGUGCCGCGCGACGCCCUCCUCGCCGGCGGCUUCGCCCACAUGGGCCAGGUGCUCGAGUGCGGCGGCCUCUGCGCGACGCCCAAGUCGCGCGGCGCCACCGCGACGGCCUACGCCGACGGCAGCUUCGACAUUGCGCCGCUGGACCCGCGCGCCCGCUGCGUCCCGCUGACCGUAGCCGCGCACUCCAUGUACGAGAAGAGCGCGCCGGACGUCCUGAACGGGCCUGGCGGGUCCGUCGACGUGCGCGGCGCCACGUACCGCGCGCUGCGGGAUGGACGCAGUGUGCGUGUGCGUGGCAGCGAGUUCAGGUGGGGGAGCGGGUCCGAGGAGGCGGCGCCGUAUCGCGUGAAGCUGGAGGGGGCGACGACGGUGGGGUGGCGGUCGGCGUUUAUGGGACGUGUGAGAGAUCCUAUUCUCGUCGCGCAGCUAGACGAUUUGUUCGAGCGCGUUAAGGCGUAUGUUGCUGGGCAGCACCGCGAUAAGGAUGGCGAGUGGGAGCUGGGGUUCCAUGUGUACGGCAGGGAGGAUCGCGAAUCCGGAGCUUUCAUCGUCGGCGAGGCUCUUGCCUCGUCGCAGCAGCUUGCCACCAGUGUGGCCUGCACCGCCCGGAUCGCCACCAAUCACGCGCCGUAUCCGGGCCAGAAAGCAACCUCGGGCAACCUUGGGUUCGGUAUUGGCGGACAGAAUGAAAUUGAGUUGGGAGCCUGCCCGCAGUUCUCGAUCUACCAUCUCAUGGACCUUCAACCUGGGGAGGAGCGCCUUUGGCCAGGUGCCUCAAAGGAUGGCUGCGAAGCUGCUGCUGUCCCUAUAUUUACGCACAGUGUGUCCAUACUGGGCGGAGGAGAGGUCCGACAGCAUCUACGGCUGGACAUGCCAGUUCGUCCGGCCCAGGUUACUACAACACAGAACGUAACACGGACGGAGGAGGAGCACACGGACGACAAGGCUUUCCGUGCCGAGGGACUAGCCUCGUGCACGAAGCUGGGGCAGUUGGCGAGCGUCCUGAGAUCCAAAAAUGCCGGCCCGUACGAGAUCACCUUCGACGUCAUGUUCAGCUCUGAGUCGGUAUACCGCCUGGUUCGCCAAUCGGGUUUGCUGAGCCCUAAGACGGCUUCCGAGGCGCUGGGAUUUCCUCAGGAAGACAUCGUCUGGUGUGGAUUCUUUGAUCCAGCUCGCGCCUUCAAGGUAACUGUGCCGCGGGUGAGAGAUGGGAAAAAGUCGGCAGCCGGUGGUUUUAUGGAGAAUGAUGUCCAUGGCUCACAGCACCAUCUGGGUCUCAUUGACAUGGAACUGCCCGAAACACUUCGAGAGGGGCUGGCGAAACUGGAGGAGCUAUGA